AAAAUUUUGAAAUCAAGAAGAAAUGAAGGCACACCCCUUGUUUGCAUGACAUUAAUUUUAAGAUACGUUAUCCCAAAAUUUAAUUGCUGAUUUUUUUCCCCCCAAUUUCAAACUAGUGCAUAAUUACAUAAAAUCAUUGAUAGUUAUAUUGAAGAUAAGAUGCUUUUUAUGUGAAUUCCACAUCGUAUUUGUUUCAAACACCCCAUCUUAAAGUCUUGAAAUCCCAACUCAAAAUUUUUUUCUUUUUACACUUUGGGAAUGAAAUCACUUAUCUCCAUAUUUUGGGACUGAAAUGGACUAAUUCAAGAAAGUUGGUUGUCCAAGUAAGAUUAUUUACAACAAAUUAUAGGAAUCAAUUAGUAAAUAAGUACACCCUUUACCCAAAAAAAAAAAGAAAGAAAAAAUUAGUAACUACACCUCCGAAAAAUUGAUCUGACUUUGACUCAUUCCAUUUCCACGGCCUGAUGUUGACGUUCAUGACUUCAUUUCAUGGUCUGGUCCUCAAAAAAUUCAAAAUGUUCACAAUCCUCAAGAUUCAUUCGUUCAGCUCAUCAGUUUGUAAUCAUCGAAUCCAAUCUAUGGCGGCAAGUAGUGAUGUGAAGCUUCUCGGAUCACGUCCAAGUUCAUUCGUGAACCGGGUUCAGUUUGCCCUGAAUCUCAAGUCAGUAGACUAUGAGUUCAUCCCGGAGAAUUUGCAGGCAAAAAGUGAGCUGCUUCUGAAAUCCAACCCAAUUCAUAAGAAGAUCCCAGUUCUCAUCCACAACGAUAAGCCCAUCAGCGAAUCACUUGUGAUUGUGCAGUACAUUGAUGAAGCCUUCCCGGAUGGCUCAUCAAUCCUUCCCUCUGAUCCCUUUGACCGGUCAACCGCUCGUUUUUGGGCUGCUUAUAUUGAUGACAAGUGGUAUCCAGCGUGGAGGUCGCUAGCUGAUGCAAAAGAGGAAGAGUCAAAGACUGCAGCUUUGGAGAAGAUAACAGAAGGUUUAGUGUUAUUGGAGGAUGUAUUUGUCAAGUGUAGCAAUGGAAAAGGCUUUUUCGGGGGAGACAUAUUAGGCUACCUUGACAUUGUUCUGGGCUGCUAUUUGGGGUGGCUAAAGGCUACAGAAAUCAGUUCAAAUUUGAAAAUAAUGGAUGAAGCCAAGACACCAGCUCUUGUGGGGUGGGCAGAGAGGUUCAAGAAUCAUGAAGCUGUUAAGCGAACUCUUCCUGAACCUCGAGAACUCCUCCACCUUCUUAGAAAGAACUCCUCUGAGCCAGAGAGUGCGCAAUAUAGAAGUGUACCCGUUGGAAUGGAAUCAGAGGAUUUAGACGACUCCUUAAUUGUAUGCCAGCGAAGGCCGUCGGGAAAACGCCGGCUACUUCGUCCCAGUGACACUGAUAUUUAUUCUCAAUCAGUUCAGUGAAACUUUGAUUAAAUUGUACUACUGCUUCAAACUUCUUCGUGUGAUCUGGGAAUGAUCAUACUGUACUUUCUUAGUUUCACAUAAUAGAGUUCCUUCAAAAAAAUCAUGUUUCUACAUAUAUUCAUUUUGGUUCCUUCACUUCCUUGUCGAUGAAUUUCAUGCAUGUCCAAUUGACAUAUUCUACGUGGAUUUAUAAAUUUAUUUUUUUA